AUGGAAACCCUGAUACGCAAUCUGAUCCUCGGCUUUAAGGUCCGAACUGCGGGCUUUAAACCAGAUCAGCCGCUGAUUCGCGUGAAACCAAAUAACAACGACCUUGAAUUGACCAACGAAUUCGAGCAGGCUCUUACCGAUGUGUCGAACUUUUCUAUGCAGGCCAAUUUCAUUGCCCAAUAUCCAGAUCUGGCGCCGUACAUACGUGCCGACAUCCGCUCUUUCGCACCUACUCUUCCACCAAGUGUUUCCUUACCGCGUCCCACGCCUUCUCUGCCCGUCGGCACUCAAGCCUUGGAACCUGACACAUUAUGGCCUCAGCCUAGGCUCUUCUCCCAAUCGACAAUGCAGCAUCCUCCAAAUCCCCUAUAUUCAUCACCCUACCUCUAUCCUACAGAGGGUUACCGAAAGGAGCAGACGAUGGUAUGUCCGGGUUCAACGGUACCCAUCAUGGGUGGAAAUAGGGACAACCAACCGCUCUUCACUCACUCAUCCUUGGAUUCUUUCAGUAAUACCGGGAAUGCAGAGACUCUUGACCUUUCCGGUCUCCAAUCCGGGGAUUAUUUCGAUCCUAAUCUCCCCAGAUCACUGCCUAGUUUUAAUCCACCUGUCGUUGACAACCCCAGAGAUCCAUGUACUGCAGGAUCUCUGGAUCUCGAUAGCUGGGAUAUGUUCGGCGGUGGGGAUAUCUUACAAAUACCCCCCUCGCAGUAG